UUUCCGAGGGGAAAGCACUGCUGUUGCGAACCAUAUGGGACAGCAAGUCACCAUACCUCGCAUCAGACUUUACUAUGAGAAAGCUGAUCUUCCGUUUACGCUCUCACGUCGACAAUUGCCUUUACAUCCGGCUUUUGCCCUAACCAUUACAAAUCACAAGGCCAAUCCUUGGGCAAAGUUGGGUUAUCCGGUUUCAGUGUUUAGUCAUGGUCAAUUUACAGUUGAAAGACGCGAGAAUGACUUUAUACUCCUUGAAAGCAAGUUUGAAGAAGCGGCAACACAAGGGAAAAGGAAAGGAGAAGCCGAAUCCACAGUCGGACAUUCCUCCAACUGUGCCCACAUUUCAAGCCUUUGGUUGCGAAGGUUCCACGGAAAACAUUGACAUCAGCCAGCUCAAGAAGGAAGCUCGGGCCAAAAAUAUAAAAUCAGUUUUCAGAGGCACUGAUUACGGUGUUUGUACCAUGUCGGCAACAGUACCCUUGACGCUCGACCAAUACCACGCCCAUGUGCAACUGUACAACAGGGUCCAAGGUCUUGGUGAUCGCGAGCUCCAACCAAUGGAUACGGCAGUGGAUCCGGCUUUUCAAGUACCAACCCCUCAUCGUACCACAGCCAAGCAGUUAGAUGUACUCUCUUUGGCGCACAAAAAUGCCAGGUUACGAGAAAGACGAAAGACAAAACAUCCCCAGCUUUUGGAUGCAGAGCGACAGCUCAAAGAGCGGUCUUUUAAACUGGCAACCACAUCAGCCGAAGUUGAGCAAUGCCAAAAGAUUGCAAGAGAGACAAGAGACAUUCUGCACGGUUUUUACCAUUCUCCCCGAGCCCACCGUGACACAUGGCCCAAGAAUUAGCGACAAAGCGCGCCUACCGACAAGUUGCAGCCAAAGAAAGGGCGGCUAUAAGGCAUGCUUCAGGUUCACGAUGGUCGUUGGUCAUCAUGAUGAUCGGA